AUGAUAGGAUAAGCUCAACCUAAGAGAUUUUACUCUAAAAUCUCACUUUCUAAAAAGAAAGCUUUGAUUUAAAAAGUUUUUCAUAAUAAUUUGAAGAUUAAGCAAGUAUAAGAUUAUUAAAUUUGUAGGCAGCUAAGUAAUUAAACCUAAAAUAUGCUACUGCUAAGACCAUUAUACUUCUUUAUAGAAAGAAAGUAGUGAGAAAAUAACUAAUCUUUGCUUCGAAUAAACCUUGUUUAAUUCUUCCUUUAUAGAAUAAAAUGAGCAAUGUCAUUGUUGUCUCUUUGGUAGCUGGAAAAUUAUUGAAUUAGAAUGAAGUAUGA